CCGGACGAGUUGACCAAUGCCCUGGAGAUCAGUAACAUCGUCUUCACCAGCAUGUUUGCCCUGGAGAUGCUCCUCAAACUCCUUGCCUUUGGCCUCUUUGGCUACAUCAAGAACCCGUACAACAUCUUCGAUGGGAUUAUUGUGGUCAUCAGCGUCUGGGAGAUCAUCGGCCAGUCGGACGGAGGCCUCUCCGUGCUCCGGACGUUCCGGCUGCUCCGGGUGCUGAAGCUGGUGCGUUUCAUGCCCGCUCUGCGUCGCCAGCUGGUGGUCCUGAUGAAGACUAUGGACAACGUGGCCACUUUCUGCAUGUUGCUCAUGCUCUUCAUCUUUAUCUUCAGCAUUCUCGGCAUGCAUCUUUUUGGAUGCAAGUUCAGCCUGAAAACUGAUACAGGAGACACAGUUCCAGAUAGAAAGAAUUUUGAUUCCUUGCUUUGGGCCAUUGUGACAGUCUUCCAGAUCCUCACUCAAGAGGACUGGAAUGUGGUCCUCUACAAUGGGAUGGCCUCCACGUCCUCCUGGGCAGCGCUCUACUUUGUGGCCCUGAUGACCUUCGGCAAUUACGUGCUCUUCAACCUCCUCGUUGCCAUCCUGGUAGAAGGCUUCCAAGCAGAG